ACCAGACGCUCAGAAAGGCCAGGAGGGACACUUUAUCGUGGAUGAACCCAGCGCGGACUUUGAGCGCGAACUUCAACAAACUCAUCAUCAUGAUGUGGUGACUAAUGCCCCGUCUUCUCAACACCUCCAUCCGGGCCAUCAAAAUGCAACUUCAUCCUCGUGGCACUCAUCGGAACACGGCCGGUCAAAAUCAUCCGACGCUUCUUCAAGUGUUAACCGGUCCCACCGUCCACUGCCUAAUCCACCUCCCCCCCUGGCAAAAUUAUGGUCACCAGCCGCAACGCUCCAGAGGUCUGUCAGGCGCUUCUGGGGAUGUUCACAGUGAAAACCCGCCGAGCGCAGCAUCGGAUUCGCAUUUGAAUCAACGCUCCAAGGGAAGACGGUCGUACGCGAAUGCUCGCGGUGCAAAAGGGGCUUCGUUCUCCAAUGCAAGGAAACAAGAUGAUUACAUAACUUUUGGCUCUCGGGCUGCGGGCAAGGGGGCCUCGCGCUCCGCGCCUACCUACGAUUUUGACGGCCAAGAACCGCCACGGCGGGGGAUCGUAUCUUCCAUAUUCAGGGGAUGCUUCUGAAUACGCGGAGUAUGAUACCUUCAUUGUGGCGGAGGCGGCGUAAUUGCAACGCUCGAGGCGUUUGGGCGCCUUUAAGCUUUUGGGGAUCAAUUGGCGCGACAAACUCUGAAGUUUUCCCAGCUCAGUUUGCAACCGGAUCUACAGGAUACCAAAAGGAGAGUUCACUCUUGGAU